CAUCGUCAAAAGAAAAAGUUUACGUAACGGUCAACAACAACAACAAGGAUUAUUAAGUGGUAGUCAUUCACGUCCUCAGUCGGUGUCAUUGGCAACACGGAAAAGUAAUGGCCAGCAGCUCAGACAUAGUGCAGCAGAUCCACUUCAUUCAGGCUGUUCUUCCUCAACAGAUCAACAAGAUCAUUUGUUACCGAGGGAUUUGGUAGAAUCAGAUUUAACGGUUGUUAGUACAACAUCAACGGGAGGAGCUCAUAGUGUUUUGUCAUCGUGUGACGAUCAAACAAAUUUGACAACUGAACACGGAGAAGCAUCAACCGCUGGAGGAUUACUUUCGGUGAAUCCUCCACUAAUUGAUCCAACAGUUGAGUCAACAGCAUCAUUCUCCGAUCAGGCCGAAUUUGAAUUACCGCCACCAAUGAGUGAAUUGAGCAGCGCCGUAGCUGAUGCUGCUGCAUCUCGAAAUACAUCGAUGGAAGAACAACACGCAAGCGAUCUCUUAGUUUUGUGCAAUGAAAAAACGGAAGAUCAAAAUGGUGCUUCGGAGAAGGAAGAAAAAAAUCCUCAAGACAUUGCAAGGCAAAAGCGAAGAUAUGUGCUAAUGGAAUUGGUCGAUACAGAACGGGAUUAUGUAAAAGAUUUGACUUCAGUAGUAGAUGGGUAUAUGGCAAAUUUGCAAACGAUGGAAUUGCCGGAGGAUUUGGUUGGCAAAGAUAAAAUCAUUUUUGCAAAUAUCGCUCAGAUUCUUGAUUUUCAUAAGACGUUAUUUUUAAAAGAAAUUGAAAAGUGCCUUGAAGAUUAUGAAGCUGCGGGUAAUGCCUUUGUUAAAUACGAACGAAGGCUACAUACAUAUUAUGUGAAAUAUUGUCAGAAUAAGCCAAAAUCAGACUUUCUGAUGGCGCAGGAUGAUUUCGAGCAGUUUUUCGCCGAAACAAAGCAGAAACUGGGUCAUAAGAUAGCACUGUGUGAUCUGUUAAUCAAACCAGUGCAACGUAUAAUGAAAUAUCAGUUACUGAUGAAGGAUAUUCUGAAAUAUACAGAAAGAGCAGGUGAUCGAAUGGAAGUGUUGGAAAAAGCUCUUCAGGUGAUGCAUGUAGUACCGAAAGCAUGCGAUGAUAUGAUGCAAGUUGGCCGAUUGCAAAAUUUCGAUGGGAAUUUAAGUGCUCAAGGAAAAUUGAUAUAUCAGGGAACAGUGGCAAUCUCAGAUAAUGCACCAUCACAGCCUUUCAAAGGGAAAGAUAGGCGAAUAUUUUUGUUUGAGCAGUCUGCAAUCAUUGCCGAUUGUAUUUUGCCGAAGAAAGAAUUUGGCAAUCCUACAUACAUCUUCAAAAGUCAAAUUAUGAUUAAUAAGAUGGUAUUGGAAGCAAAUAUUCCUGAUGAACCGUUACGUUUCAUCCUGAAAAGUAAUGAUCCGACACAACCGAAUGCAUUCUUAGCGCAAGCUAAUACAGUAGAAGAAAAAGAUCAAUGGAUUUCGAAAAUAAACAGUCAACUGGAUCAGCAGAAAACGCUUCUAGCAGCUUUGGUGGAUCCUAAACGAUAUCAAAAUCAACUUGCUGGAAGUGUCAGUUCAUUGUCAUUGGAAGAAGUGGAUAAGAAGAAGGCAUUGUUUCCGCGAUUAACGGGUAAAAAUAAAGAAAGCAGUCACAGUUCUUCGGGUCCUUCAUCUUCGAUGCAUCAGAAUUCUAGCACCCAAGCACUGCCACCGAAGAGUAAUUCAUCGACAAAAUCAUCGAAGUUAUUUGGUUUUGGGAAAAAAAUGAAUCCAGCAAGUAAUAAUAAAUCUGCAGCAAUAGGUAAAUUAAAAUGACGAUGGUGCCAGAACAAAUCAAAGAAGAGGAAGGAACAAAGAGUGAAUGUUGUCAUGAAUUAUCAAGAUUUUAUGGUUGAUUGACUGUACCUUUAUCAUUUAUACAUUUUUUGCUAACAAUUACUUGCCUUUUAGUCAUAUUUUCGUC